AUGAAGCUGGAGGUUCAAGAAGCUCGGCCGAUGCAGCAGCAGCAUGCACUGCAGGUAGCACCAACACGGACCCGUCUACUGCCUGCCCCUGCUCCUGCUCCAUCCAUAAUCAAUGCUGCAACUACUACCACCACUGACACAUCUGUACAUGCAGCCGCCUCUCCUGAGAUGUACCCCAUUCAGUCAGACAGCAACAGCAACCGACAGGCGCUGACCGCCCCCGGAGGGAUUCCAAGCGGCUCCUCUGCUCUUGUAAGCCUCCCCCCUCCCCUCACUCCUCCAUCGGCUUCAAAUCCCUCUUCAACUGCCGCACAACUAACAGCAGCCCCAGAAGCAGCAGGAGAAGCAGCGCCCGCACCGCCAACGCCAGAAGCGCCAGCAGCAGGAGCAGGAGCAGGAGCAGGAGCAGGAGCAGGAGGAGCAGCAGGAGGAGGGGGGAGCGGCAGCAGUUCCAUCACCAUCCCGCACAUCCCAGCGCCGUCCUUCUCCUCCUCUCUUCCGCCGUCGCUCCUCACGGACCUGGAGGGCAUCCCGCCCUGCACGUGCUUCACCAACUCCGUCUCCGCGCAGUUCAACCCGCACGUGCACGCCAUCCGCUACACGGGCGUGCGCAGCCGCGGCAGCAACCGUUGGAUCGCGGAGAUCAAGGACAACCAGCGCGGCGUGCGCAAGUGGCUGGGAACCUUCUCCUGCCCCGUGCAGGCCGCGCACGCCUUCGACGCCGCCGCCAGGGCCGUGCGGGGACCCAACGCGCGGACGAACUUCCGCGUGGGGGAAACCGCGGGCGUGCCUGGGACCGGGGGGAGCAGGUCGAGACGGUGGAAGAAGGUGGCUGCUGACAGCCAUACGACAGAGUCCCCUGGGGAGUCGCCUCGAGAGCGAUGGGCGUUUGACUUGGAGGCCAUGCCACCCCGUGAUGCUGAUAACGUAGAUGAGGCAGCAGCAGCGGCGGCGGGGGCGGUGAGGGAGGGAGAAAGAUAUUGCAGUAUGGACUUGGGGGGCCACAGCGAGAGAGGCGGUGAUGCGGCGGCGGGAAAAGGGCUUACUGGCACCGGCCCUGCACGGCAGCAAACCCAGGUUCCACGCGCUCGGGCUGUGAAACACAGCACCGCCAUCACACCUCCCGUCCAAAUACAUCAUUUCGUUCCGCCUCACCCCCAUGCAUCACCUCUCUCCGCCCCAUCACCGCUCCCCCUCCACCCAUCGCCUCACCAGCAGCUUCUCAGCUUUGACCUAUCCUGCAAGCAAGCCCGGAUGGACCCCACCACCUGGCCCACCACGCCUGGCCCACCACGCCGGAUGCUGCUUCCUUCUGCUGUCCCUGCUGCUGCUCCUGUUGCUCUUCCUCCUGCUGCUCCUGCUGCUCCUGCGCCUGCUGCAGCUGUUUCUGCUCCUCCUCCUCAUCCUCCUGCUGCUGCUACUGCUACUUCUGCUGCAACGGUACCGUGCAGUCAAGCCCGCGGCACGGACGCGUCCAGGCAUACUGCUGCGGCCACGGGUGCUGCUGCUGCUGCUGCGACGCUCCGGGGCGUGCUGUCCCACCAGGUGACUCUCGAGCCACCUGAAAGCGCCCCCCCCACCACGAUCCGAGCGAUUCUUGGCAACAUGAUCGGUGCGCGGGGGUCUGGUGCGGUGGGUGCAGCAGGUGCAGCAGAUGGAGCAGGGGCUGCAGGGGGAGCAGGAAGAGCAGGAGCAGUAGGGGCAGCAGGAGCAGCAGGCGCACCAGCAGGAGCAGCUGUGGGAACAGCCGCGGGAACAGCAACGGGAGCGACAGCGGGAGCAGCAGGGGGAGGAGCAUGGUCUACUUACAGCCGUGGUGGGCACGAGCAGCGCGUGGGUGCGGCCGGCAUCAUCCCUCACUACUCCCCUCACUACUCCCCUCACCGCUCCCCUCGCCACUCAUACCAACACCAUGCCAUCCCGCAUGCACACCAGCAGGGUGCUGCCGCCAGCAUCUCUCACGCCCUCCACUCCCCUCUCAGCCUCAGCCUCAGCCUCUCUCACCCGCACAGCAGCACUCAUGCUGGGCACCACCCGCUCUCACGCUCAGAGCAGCGGCAGGAGGCGCAUCAUUUGAGCCAACCCCAGGGCGCAGGAGACAUGGAUCCCGCAGGUGCCGCAGCCGGGCGGUGUGCGUCCCUCUGGGCUCCCUCGCUGCCUGCCACUCGCCCGACUCUCGCAUGCCCUUCCACUUGUGCUCUGCUUGCCACACAGCACUGCGAAGCAGCAUCACCAGCAGCAGCAGCAGCAGCCUCACCAGCACCACCAGCUCCAGCAGCAGCAGUAGCAGCAGCAGCAGUAGCAGCAGCAGCAGCAGCAGCACCUUUGGAGGGUGGAGUAGGGGAAAGGCUGCAGGUUCGGGAUUUGGCUCUUUGCGGGGGUGGUUCGGACUCCUACUCUGUGCAUGUAACUGGUUGCAUCAUUCCCGCACAAGCUGAACGCGCAGCAGCAGAAGCCACCACAGCACCAGCAGCAGCACCACCAGCAGCAGCAGCAGCUGCGGCAGCAACUGCUGCAUCCUCAGCGACAGCAACAGCAACUCCCGCACCAGCAGGAACAAGAGGAGGGCGAGUGGCACUGGUAAGUGAGCCGGAGGUGGCGGUGGUGGGUGCGGUGGGUGCGCUGGGAGCAGCGGGAGCAGCAGGGCUGCACUCGCAACUCGCAGCAGCAGCUGCUGCAGGGCUGCGCUCGCAUGGGUUCAUGCAGCUGUCUUUAAUGGGGGGAGCCGAUCGCCCUUCUGUAGAGGAGAGCACGGGAUGGCUGCACGACUUGUCCUCCAGUGGUCGGGUGGGAGGGGGUCGGGAGGGUGGCACGGCAGGGAACGGGGGAACUGGGGAGCGGGCGGGUAGUAGGCCUGGGGGGUGUGAUUCUUCUCCUGGGCGUGGCUCGGUGAGAAGGGGGUGUGGGGCGGAAGUAGGAGUGGCAGGUGUGAUUUCUGGAGCGAUUGGGCUUGCCGGAGCGGUGCCUAGUCGGGGAGGGGGCAUGGGGGCAGAGGCGAUGGCUGCUGCAGCGCUGUCUGCCAUCCUUCAGCAGGCCAUGCAGGGGGCGAGAGGUGACGGUGCUGCUGCUGCAGACCCACGCCUAGUGCCACCAUCUGCUGCUGCACUCCCUCCUGUUGCACACGUGUCUGCUGCUUUCCCCGUGGCAGUUGAAGCAGCAGCAAUGGCAGAGCAGAGUGGAGCAGCGUCAACGGGACUAUGGAAAAGGGCAGCUGAUGGGUCCUCCAGGGCUAUGCAUGAGCUUGUAGGUGUCGUGCCAGGGUUCCUCCCCUCACCUGCUGCCAGUCCGCACGCCUGCCCUGGCAUUCAUUUGUCGCUGGCGCCUAGUGCGGGUGACAGCAGCAGAGCAGCUAAUAGAGCGGUUGGAGGUGAUCGAUGUGGAGGCGUAGCCGAUAAACUGAAUGCUGUGAGUGGUGCAGGAGAGACACUAAGUGCCAGCUUGAUGGUGCACGGGGCUAGGAAGAGGGGGAGGGCUGGGCAAUUGCUGGCAGAUGGGUCAAAGGAGACGUUUCCUCUUUUGCUGUCCUCGCCUCUAGGGCUGGCUGCUAUGCCGGCCGUGCAAGGUGCUAGGGUCGGGGGGAACCGUGCGUGUGCGACCGGGCGUCUGGCGGCUGGCGCGUUGGAGGGCGAACGAAUGGGUGCAGAUGGGUCGGAUACGGCACGUGCAGGAGCUGGUGGAGGAGAUUCGUACGCGCGGACUGCUGCUCAUCUUCGCCGCGUAACGAGCCCCUCGCUUCUGCUCAACCUGCCGGUGGCCCUUGGGAUCCUCGCCGCCGCUCGCUGGCUCAUGCUCGAGCUGCAGGCGCGGGCCAAUGCCAGCCUGCCACGUGUGCACUACGAGCAGGUGCACGCGCCCUUCCAGCCAAUCACGUCGUCCGACGCCCUCCCGCGGCCGUCGGAACCGGCCGGGCUGGCGCUGGUGGGGUCGCCGCUGGUGGAAGCGUCUCUUGACGAGUUUGUGCGCUCCAUUAUAAGGGACUUUGUGACGAACCAGUUCUAUGCGUACCUGACGCCCGAUAGGGAGAUGCCGGAGGAGCUGCGGUGUGUGCUGCUGGCCGUGCUGGGUGAAGUGGCACGGCGGGCCAAGCGCAUCAACCUCGUCGCGCUGCUCACCAGGGACGUGGUGGGAGCGGUGGUGGGCGCAAUGGAGCAGUACCAGCGCGCGUGUGCAGACAUGGGCGAGGGCGAGGGCGAGUGGAGGCGGGUAGCAGCAGGGGAGAGGGAGGAGCGCCUCAAGCACACCCUGGGGGCGUCGGGUGACCUGCACCCUGCUUGCCUCUCCGUGGAGUGCGAAUACAAGGUGGUGAGGAAGCUAGUGGCAGCACUGUUGGCGCUGGUGCUGCCAGCCAGUGACGCACAGAGCAACGUGGUGCGCUGCAUGGCUCGAGAGCUCCUCUCCUGCUGCGUGCUGCUGCCCUCCCUUAGGCAGGCCAACCCCCGUGUGAUCAACGACGCCAUACUCGCCUUCUUGGACAAGCACCCCUCUUCUUCCACCUCUCAUCCCCCCUCUGCACGGUCGGCAGCAUCGGCGCCGGUCCUGGCUGCUACGGUGUCGCCGCUGAGUGCCGCGGCCGCUUCUCUUCGGCAGCAGCGACAGCAACGGCAAGAGCAGUGGCAACAGCAACAGCAACAGCAACAGCAACAGCAGCAGCAGCAGCAGCAGAAACAGCAACAGCAACAGCAACAGCAACAGCAACAGCAACAGCAGCAGCAGCAGCAGCAGAAACAGCAACAGCAGCAGCAGCAGCAGCAGCAACAGCAACAACAACAGCAACAGCAACAGCAACAGCAACAGCAACAGCAACAGCAGCAGCAGCAGCAGCAGCAGCAGCAGCAGCAGCAGCAGCAGCAGCAGCAGCAGCAGCAGCAGCAGCAGCAGCAGCAGCAGCAGCAGCAGCAGCAGCAGCAGCAGCAGCAGCAGCAGCAGCAGCAGCAGCAGCAGCAGCAGCAGCAGCAGCAGCGGAGGCCUGGGGAAUCACAACACGAGUUUUCACCCCAGCAGGGCUCGAUGCAAGGCAUGGGCUCUCGGAUGGGCUCCUCUUUAAGGAGGCGAGUCCCUCGCAGCCGCAGCAGGCGCAUGCGGGCCACAGGGUCACCCAGUGGAGGCGCAUUCGGGGGAGGCGUAUCUGGUCCAGGUGGGACGUACGGGGGAGGUACAUUCGGGGGAGGUGUAUCUGGUGCAUCUGGUGGGAGGGGCAGCAGCAGCAGCAUGCGGCGGCGUGCUGUGUUGGGGUUGGGGGGAGACAGUGCGGGGGAUGACGAUAGCCUAGCAGGGGGCACGAGUGACGGUGGAGUGGUGGGCAUGGGCUUCAGCACAGAUGAGGAAAACGGCUCCCCUCAUGCUGACAGGUCGUAUCAUGCCGGCCGCGGUGGCAAUGACGGCGGCGGCGGUGGAGGUGGUGGUGGUGCUGCUGCUGCUGCCGGGGCUCGUGGAAGGUUAGGUGCAGCUAAUUCGCCUCAGAUGGCGCCUCCCCAGGCCAUGCCUCCCCAGGAUAAGCCUCCCCCAGGCCGUUCCCCUGGGAUGCUGCAGCCUAUGAGUGCAUCAUCAUCCCUGGCGUCCCUAGCCCCUCAGCUCAUCGCCGCCACGCCCCUCGCUCUGCACGGCCCCUCCGGUGGCCUUGGCGGCCCGGCUGGGUUGGGAGGGUCGGGUGGAACUGACUGGUUGGGAGGUUCGGGGAGCCAAGGCACGCUGAGCAGCAGCGGCGAGAGGCAGGGAGGCUUUUCUUUACACGCCCAGCCUGCUGCACCUGCUGCUGCUAGCGCAGCAUCCCUUCACAUUCCGCCUCCUCCUGCCGGUGCAUCUGGUCCGUUUGUCCACCCCAGUGGAGGGGCGUCUGCGGCAGUGGGUGAAGCGGCUGAUCGGGCAGCCCAGCGGCAGAGGAGAAAGGCAGGCAGGGCUUGGGAGGGAGACGGGAAGGUGUUUGGCAGGGUGAAAAGUGAGCCAUGUGAAGGGGGUGAAAGGGGUGCGUGUGGGAGGGGCAAGUGCGAGGAGGGUGCAGUGCGGUUACCGGGUGAUGACGCUGAUUUUGCGCAGGCGUUACAGCGGUACGAGCAGCGGCAGCUGCAGGUGCUGGAUAGCGAGCAGAUUGAUAAGCUGUGGUACACCGAUGGGAUGCAUUCCCACUGGCACGGCCACAGCCACAGCCACACCCACACCCACAGCCACAGCCACAGCACGCAGGCGGUUGGGAACGCGCAUGCAGGCAGGCAUGACAGCAAGGAUUUUCUUCAGAAUGGCAGCCACAGCAAGGAUUCUGAUUGGAAUGGCAGGGAGGACCCAGGUUGGAAGGGCGACACGCAAGGAGGCGAGAGUAAGGGAGGAGUUGCGACUGGGGAGAAGCAAGGAGCUUUUGCGGAGAGCCACCAGCAGCAAGUGCAUGAGUCAACGAGGAGGAGCAAGAGAGAGCGGCAGCGGCCCGUGAAAGGGCAGGAAGUUCUAAGGGGUGGAGAGCGAGCGGUGAAUGGGCAGGAUGCGGUGGUGAGGGGUCAGGAUGGGGUGCAAGGUCGGCAGGGGCCAGCAUUGGACGGGCUCAGGGAAUUUGCUGCCAAUAGAAAUGCUGGUGGUGGUUCUGGCAGCUGUGGUAGUGGGGGGUAUGUUAGUGCUGGAAGGGAUGAGAGAAGAAGGGAGAACGUGCGAGAGAUGCUGUGGGAGUCACUUUGUUCAGAUGAGGAGCUUGGCAGUUUCAAGAGAGCUGCUGCUGCUGGUGUAGGUGGUAACCCUGUUGGAGCUGGUAACCGUGAUGCAGGUGGUUACCGCAACGAUGGCGCGCGCAGUGGGAGGUGGAGCGAGGAGCUGGAGAUCGGGGUGGCGGUGCGUGGGCUAGGGUUUCUGGUGGAGCAGUCGCCUGGCGCAAUGCAGAUGAUGCACAGGAAGGGCGAUGGUGGGGCGGGAGAGGACGGUGUAGGAGCAGGAGAGCGAGGAGGAGGAGGGAGAGUGAGAGGAGUCACGGAUCUGUCUCCUGUAGACGAGCUUGGAAGGGUGAGGCAGGGAGUGGGUUCGAGCACAGGGGGGCUGAAGGGGGUGUCAGGGAAGCAGCAGUUGCAGGCACAAGGCGGCUGGGCGGGUGUGUGGGCCACAGGCGCGUUCUGGUCAUCUUCAUCUGGAGCAGGAGCAGCAGCAGGAGCAGGAACAACAGGAGGUGGCACAGGUGGCACAGAUGGCGCAGGUACACCAGUGGGUAAACCACAGGUGACUGCUGCAGCUGCAGGGACCACUGCAGCGGGUGCAGUUGCAAAUGGAGCAGCGGGAGGGGUUGGUGAGGCGAACCAGACUCAAGGCAAGACACAGCCCAGUUCAGGGUCUGCAGCAGCAGGAGCAGCAGCAGCAGGAGCAGCAGCAGCAGGAGCAGGAGGAGCAGCAGCAGCAGGAGCAGGAGGAGCAGGGUCUUGGCUGAGCUUCAUAGGCGCUGGGCCCAGGUCAGACCUGGGAGGCAGAGCAGCAGGAGCAAGCAGGGACACAGCUGGAGCUGCAAGCACAGUGGCUGGGAACCUAGGGGCUGAAGUGGGGACGCGUGCAGGGGUGGGGCGUGGGCGGGGGAGUUCGGCCACAGGGGCAGGGGGACGUGCAGGGUCUGCCUCACAGGGGGACGGGGGUGGGGAUGAUGCGAGGUUGGUGCUGUCUGCUGCUGCUGCCACUGCUGGGUGGGUGGAGCGGAAUCUAGCCGCGUUCGGGCUGGCUGGGGCAUUUGGGAUGAGAGGUGGGGGAGGUGGGGGUGCGGGUGAGAAGGGGGGGAAGGGAGGGGCGAGUGGUGGAGAGGUGGGUGGAGUGGGUGGGGGUGGGAGUGGGGAUGACAGGGUGCUGCUGGCUGAAGCGGCAGAGAGGGAUCCGCUGAGUGUGGUGCGGCAGUGGGAGGAGGAACGGGAGGUGGAGGGAGAGAGGGAGAGGCGUGAGUGGGAAAAGCAUGAGCGGCAGGAGGAGAAGCAGCAGGAGCAGAGGUGGCUACAGCAGGUGGAGCAAGGGCCGGUGCAGGGAUGGCACUCGGAAGACGGGCCAGGGGAAUCGAAGUACGCGGGAGGAACCUUCUUAGACUUGGAAGGUUUGGGUAUGGAAGAGGAGGAGGAAGAAGAGGAGGAAGGAGGAGGGCUGCUGCUGAGCGCGCGUGUGAAGAAGGGGCGCGGUGCGAUGCGUGCAUGGGACGGCCCUGGUAGUAGAAGCCGGGGCACUGGCGAUGCAAUGGCAGGAGGGAUGGGGGGAGUGGGAGGAGUGGGGUUAGUGGUGGGAGGGGAGGAGGCGAGGGGGCAAGGGCUGCGGCCGGCGUGGCUACUGGAGAGCGAGUGGCUGCAGCAGCAGCAGCAGCGGAGGGAGGAGGAGCAGGCUCAGCUGGAGAUGCAGCAGUACCUUGGCAUGGGGCAGGGGGGUGAUGGCAGGGGGCAGGCGGAUGGAAGCAGAGGCGGUGGGCAAAGCAAGGAGAUGCGUGCGUUUGGAGAGGGGGGCGAGGGCAGGCAGAUGCACGCUCAGAUCGUGGGCGCGUUCUCAGCGGAGGCAAGGGGCGAGGCCAUAGUGGGCUACUCCAUUGCUGUCACUGGCCUCGAUGGCUCCGCUUGGAUCGUCCGACGCAGGUAUCGCAACUUCUGGCAGUUGCACCAGCAGCUGAAGCGGCGCAGCCCCACAGCAGGCAGCCUGCAGCUGCCACCCAAACACUUCUUCCACGGCGGGCGGGAUGAGGAGCUCAUUCGGGACAGGCUGCUGCAGCUGCACGCUUACGUCAAGGGCAUCAUGGCGCGUGAGGAGCUGGCCACAUCGCCAGAGGUUAUCGACUUCCUCUCCCCUGACUCCAAGGCCUUUGAGUCCCACAUCACUGUGUCAAAGGCCAUCUCCUUUGCUUUGAGUGUAGAUGAAGUGACAGACGAUGUGCAGUGGCAGCGCGUUAAAAGCACGUCUCAGCUGCAGCUGCUCUCCACCAUUGCUACUAACGGGGAUGACACCAGCUCUGUUGCCACCUCCCCUCGUUACAGUCACCGCGCUGCUCGACCAACCAGCAGCCGCCACGUGGCAGGGUUUGGUGAGGAGGCGAUUGGAAGAGCUGAGAUUGGACGACAGAAGCGAGGAUUUGGCAGUGAUGGGAGUGGGAGGAGUGGGGAAGGAGGUGGUGGGGGGUGUAGAGUGGGUUUGCGUGGUCGAGAGGAGUUGAGGAUGGUGAAAGGGGAGGGCCGUCCAUCUACGGUUUGGGAGGGAGUAGGGGAGUGGUCAGAGGGGACUGGAGAGGAGGAGGGGGAGGAGGGGAGCGAGGAGAGAGCAGGUGCUUGGGCUGGGCGGGAGAUUUGCAGUGAAGGAGGGAGGAGAGAGGUUGAUGGGGGGUUGAAGAGGCGAGUGGGCCCAAGAGAUGGGGAGGACGAUGUGUUCAGCUAUGGGUCGAGGCAGAGCCUUGGCGGGCUGGAGUAUGACCUGCAGAGGGCGCAGGGGGGAGAUGCACAGGGAGCAGGGGGAGAAGAGGACGAGGGAGGAAGAGUGAAGCAGCGAAAGCAGCAGCAACAGCAGCAGAAUGGAAGUUCGUGUGAGAGCUCUGAGGAUGAUGACCUCCGUCAACAGGGUGCUGCCCGUGUACGCGGAGAUGGGCAUGGGGAUGGGGAUGGCAUAGGAACUGCGCAAGGCGGGUCAGGUUCUGUUGGGAGAGGAGAAGCUCCUGCAGGGCUGUUCGAGGCAGAUGGUGAUGGUGAGGAUGAGGAGGAGGAGGAGGAUGAGGAGGAUGGGGUGGUGGUGGGAGCAGUCCAUCCACGUGGCUUGCAUGUGCCAGCAGAGCAAGGAGGGCGUGUGGAACGAGGAGCUGAGGGAAGGGAUGGUUCUGUCAGAAGGCACAAUGAGGGGAGUGCACUGGAUGCCACCGUUCCUGCCGAUUGGACUGCUGCAAAGCUGAGUGCGCCACUGCUGCGGCUGGUGGAGGUACUACUGCACCUCGACGCCCACGGCUGGAUCAGGCGGCAGGUGGUGUGGGUGGCGAGGCAGGUAUUGGAGCUGAGCAUGGGGGAUGCCAUUGAUGACUUCCUUCUCUCACAGAUCCAGAAGCUCCGCACAGAAUCCACCGUCGCCACCAUCAUUCGCUCCCUGCACCAGAGGUUGUGGCCGGAUGGUAUAUUCUACUCGCGCCACCCAAAUUACCGGGCCACCGUUGCAGCUUCGAGCUCCCGCACAGGCUCCUCUGCUCCUGCUGUUUCUCGUCCCGACCCUCUUGGGCUCAAUGUACCUCCAGAGUCCUUCCAACAGCGACUGGAGGCCGCUGACAAGGCUGCCCGAGUUCAUCAGCUUCUGCUUGGGGAGCCCGGUUUGACUUGA